UGAAACCAGUCCAUCUCCUCACCCUGGAAAGGAGGCCAGGCAGGGGAAUGGUAUAAAGGGCGCCCAACCCCUGCCCAGCUGAGCCCUGCACCGGAAGCCUCAUCACCACCUUACUGUGCAUUAGGUUGACCUAAGCAGUUCCCAAGAUGCCCCAGCCACAUACUCUGCCAGAGACCCUGCCACCUGCCUUCAGUCAGGAGUCCCUCAAGCCUGUUCCUCCUCCUGGUGACACCCAAAAGGAGCACGUGGCACAGCCAACAUCUCUGGAGCAGCAGGAGGCGCAGCAGGAGGCGCAGCUGGAGGGGCAGCAGGAGGCACAGCUGGAGCACCUGGAGGGACAGCAGGAGGCGCAGCAGGAGGCGCAGCUGGAGGGGCAGCAGGAGGCACAGCUGGAGCACCUGGAGGGACAGCAGGAGGCGCAGCAGGAGGCGCAGCUGGAGGGGCAGCAGGAGGCACAGCUGGAGCACCUGGAGGGACAGCAGGAGGCGCAGCAGGAGGCGCAGCUGGAGGGGCAGCAGGAGGCACAGCUGGAGCACCUGGAGGGACAGCAGGAGGCGCAGCAGGAGGCGCACCUGGAGGGACAUCAGGAAGCACAGCUGGAGCAGCUGGGGGUGGAGCUGGAGGGGCAGCAGGAGGCGCAGCAGGAGGCACAGCUGGAGCACCUGGAGGGACAGCAGGAGGCGCAGCUGGAGGGGCAGCAGGAGGGGCAGCAGGAGGCACAGCUGGAGGAGCAGCAGGAGGCACAGCUGGAGGCACAGCAGGAGGCGCAGCAGGAGGCACAGCAGGAGGGGCAGCAGGAGGCUCAGCUGGAGGGGCAGCAGGAGGCACAGCUGGAGCACCUGGAGGGACAGCAGGAGGCGCAGCUGGAGGGGCAGCAGGAGCAGCAGGAGGGGCAGCAGGAGGCACAGCAGGAGGGGCAGCUGGAGCAGCUGGGGGUGCAGCUGGAGGGGCAGCAGGAGCAGCUGGGGGGGCAGCAGGAAGCGCAGCAGGGGGUGCAGCUGGAGCAGCCUGCGCAUGUGCCAGCUCCUGGCCAGGUCCAAGAGCCCCAGCAAGUCCAGCCACUGAAGGAAGAAGUCCUGCCCCCAACAGAGCAGGAGCAGCAGGAGGUGUAGUGCCCCCCCCCCACAGGCAUAAGCAGCCACUCUCAGUGUCCCAGAGGCCCUCAGAUGGUUCUGUACAAGUGAGGAGGGAGCCAGUGGCCUCACUUACCUCCGGUCCCCAGCCUGGGGAGCCCGCUCAUCUGUGAACGUGCCUGACUCUGUCCUGCAUGUCUUCUUUUACGGGGCAGGAGCAGGGAGUUAUCCCAGCACCCACCCCUAGUAAACUCAAUCCCAGAACCUCCGCCUGAGGAGACAGUUACCACGGGGACCCUGACUUCAUCCCAAGUAUUGUAGUUGAAUGCCUGGGUGUCUACAAUAAUACAGAAUAAACCGUGGAAGUCCUGGA